AUGAGAUUUUGUACCUGUCUUCUGUUGCUUGUAGAUCCUCUGCUCUUGGUUGCUUCGUACGAUUAUCACCGUCAUGCCAUGAUGAAUCUGAGCCGGUCCAAACAAGUUCACAUCUUCUUCUACGCCUGGUUCGGCAGCGAAGCCAUUGACGGGAAAUGGAGUGAGUGGGACCAUCCUGUUCUGCCACACUGGGACAAGGAGGAAAGACCCAAGUUCGACUACGGGAGAGUCUACUCUCCUCCUGACGAGAUCGCUUCCGUCUACUACCCGUCAAGAGGCCCUUACAGCAGCAUGAACCUCUCUGUGGUAAGAGAGCAAAUGCUUGAGAUAAAGGAGGCAGGCGUCGACGUCGUCGUCUUCUCAUGGUGGAAGCUCCCGGCCUCGAGCGAUGGCGCGAGGGGAUGGGGCGUGAAGGACUCAACAGAUGCAGCGGCUCCUCUUGUGCUGGAAGCAGCAGCAGAGGCAGGGAUAAAAGUAUGCUUCCACCUGGAGCCGUACAAGGGGAGGGAGUAUCAGACGUGCGUGGGUCCUGGCUACGACGACUCGCGCAUCCGUCCAUGGAACGCAGCGUCAUGGCGGUACCGGGCGAUGGGGAGGUACUAUGAGGACAUGUGGAGGGGAGCAGAGGAAGCAGGAGGGGUGCAGUUGGUAGCCAUCACCUCCUACAAUGAGUGGGGGGAGGGUACUCAGAUUGAGCCUGCUGCGUCCUCUCCUGCUCGCGCCUCGAUGUAUCAGACGUACGGGGGGAACGAGAAGCUCUUCAUUGAGCUGACGCGGAGCCUGGCAAGUCGAUGGAGGAAGGCGAUUGCCAAGGAGGAGGAGGAAGAGAAGGUUGUGUUGCGAAAAGCCGUCAUGCUGGAAGUAUCGCGGCUGCACAGCCUGAUCCAGAUGAAGUAUGAGUGCAGGGAGGGAGGGAGGGAGGGAGAGAGAAGGGAGAAGGAGGUCGAGCAGGUGGAGAGAGAAAAGGUGAAGGAGGAAGUGAGGAGGCUGAAAGAGAAGGUCGAAGAGCUCGAUCUUGAGGUGGAGGAGGAGGACAUGAAACAGCUGAUGAGGGUCUUCGACGACAGCGCUCCUCAAUGCACAGCGUCAAGGCCGAAGCAAGAGGAGGAAGUGAGACUGGUUGUGGGAGGAAAGCUGAGCAGCGACGAGCUGAAGCUCUCCUGCGGCGUUUGCUUCUCCUCAGCUAAGGACCACUGGGACGAGGUCGGUUUGAAGAAGCAGCAGCAGCAGCAGCAACAGCAGGGGCAGCAGCAGGAAUGGGCAAUGUUGACAAUCAUGCACAAACUAGUAGACAGGAAGGAGCUGGAGGAGAAGCGAGGGAUGGUAGUUAUCAGCUGUCUCCUCCGUUUCAAUUGA